AUGGGCGCCGCCUUUCCCACCAAAAACGACAUCGUGGGACGGCUGCCCAAUCUGCCACAGGACAUCACCGAUCGCCUGAUGAGCCUCCGCCUGCCUCUCCGAGGAGGCAAAUUCGCCAUUAUCGUCAGCGUUUACGCCCCAACAAUGGCUGGCUCAGAUGAGGCAAAGACAAAGUUCUUAGAAGACCUGCACACCCUGUUGUCGUCUGUGCCGAAGGCGGACAAACUAGUUGUCCUUGGGGACUUCAGUGUCCGCGUCGGCACUGAAUGCGUUGCCUGGAGAACGUCCAAGGACAAUGACUUUCUCCUACGAACCUGGGCUGAACACCAUCUCCUGCUGACCAACACAUACUUCCGCCUGCCGAUGUGGAAGAAAGCCACCUGGAUGCACCCGGUUAACGGCGCUAGUAGCUGUGGACUAUGUUCUCGUUCGGUGGCGAGGACGGCAGUGCGUAAUUGCAACGAAGACUAUCUGCGAAGCCGGUAG